UAUUGGACUGAUUAGCAUAUGUUGUGAGACUAGAGUGGCUUUUUUGCAAUAACAACUCUUGGAAGCUCAAGUAAAAGAAUUCACAGCUCUUUGUAUUGUGGAUAAACCUCUCUGUUCCAGCUGAAGGGUUUUAAGAAAAACGUUAAGCUUAAGGUAAAGGUAAUUCUUCUCCAUCAUUUGGCCCUUGCGUUAAUCUAGAUAUCGUUUUCUCUCUCUGCACAAAAUUGCGCCGCUGUUUCUUCUUUUUUUCGCUAACUAGUUCUUCAAUCGGCAACCACUCUCCGUAAAUCAGUUGCUGCAUCCGACUGAUAUGGCUAGUAGUAUCACGGCUCCGAUGCUAGCACUCUCUUCAUCUUCUGCCAAAAAGCACAAAAGUUCCAUUCCUAGCCCGAGGCAGUACCAGCCUAUACUAGCAAUGAAGGUGGAGAAACCAUUGGAGGAGCUCUACAACGUGAAGGUAGAGAGGAAGGUCUCAAAGGAGCGCCUGGCAGAGCUCGGUGUCUCGAGAUGGUCUUUGUGGAAAACGGGCAAGUGCCAGCUCCCAUGGGACUGGCAGGUCGAUCAGCUCGUUUAUAUCGAGGAAGGGGAAGUGAGAGUGGUGCCGGACGGGAGCAAGCGCUACAUGAGCUUCGUAGCAGGCGACCUUGUUCGCUACCCAAAGUGGUUUGAAGCCGAUCUCUUCUUCAAUGAUUUCUAUCAAGAACGGUAUUGCUUUAGAGCAUAUGGUGAUGAUUAGCAGGUGUUGAUGAUCUUCAUUCUAUGUUGUAUGUUGUCCAGAAGAAAAUUGUUGUAUUUUGAGUUAAAUUUAUGAUAUGAAUGUUGAAGAUGCUUCA